UUAAAUUUACGACUUCAUUAGGACACCGUAUUUUCAUUACGGAGUGUCCACAUCUGUUUAGAAGAUCGAACAUAAUUUUCAUCAAAAUUUUUUCCAAUUUUUCCGAUCAUCUUAACCGUGUGUUAGUAGCUACAUGAGUAACAUAAUUCGAUUAAAAUAUUCACGUAUGUACGUUGUAGACUAAGCGUGUUGAUGAUAGUGGGACAGUAGUAAAAACCAUUAAGAAAACGAGAAUGAUAGCGAUGAUGAUAGCUGAUAGCUGGCGCUUCGUGCCGUCGUGCAAGUGCAAAGUGCAACAGUAACAAUAACGGCGAUCACGGCUGGUAAUAAUCAGUAAUAGUGCGCGGUAGUCACGGUUAGUCGCGAUGUUGUAACGAUAAAGAAGUCUGAUAUGUCUACGUACAUAGUACUUAUGAACGUUUAUUUACUGACAUUAGAUUUUUCGUCGUGCUGAGUAAUGUCAGCAUUUAAAAAAUGAAGAUUUGUGUAACGUGUAUCUAUUGGUCGUUACUUUUCAUAUCUGUUGCUUCCAGUGCGCUUCUAUUCAUUAUUGUAGCUUCUGAGAAUACGCAAUCAAAACAUUAUUCGUCUUUCAAGAAAAAUGAAACUUCUAAGACUUACGAUAAUGAUACGUUAAUUGAUAUGGGACCUGAUAAUUUAGAUACAUCCACAAUUUUAAUUAAUGAACUACAGGAUUUACGCAACGUGGAAAGAAAUUACAAGGAUCACUAUUAUCAUGAAGAAUUCACUGAAGAACCUACUGGGUUUCAAACUGUUACGAAUGAUGAAACAAGGAAAGCAGAGAAUCCUUACAAAGAUCCAGAUAUCGUGGCUGAAAGUCUUACACAACAACCUAAUUUAUCUCAGGGAAUGUCUGAAAAUGAGCAAGCUACGCUUCUAACUCUGAUGGAUACGACUGUGGCGGAGUUGCAAAGCCUAGCAGAACCAAAGCUUACCAGCGAUUUUCCGAGAACGAGAUUAUACCCAAAGAAUUCGUCGCUGUUAACGAAAGCUGGUGGGAACAUUGCGCAGAAAACAAAACAAGAGCAGCUGGAAAUUUCAGCGACGUCAACUAUUGUCGACGACGAGACCACUGAAAAGUCUAAUGUGACUGACAAUUUUGAAGAAGGAUCAUUAUUACCGAAUUUGGGUGACCAAGAAACGCCUGAGGUGCUGGUGGUGAGAGCCGAACAAGUUCCCAUCACUGAAUCAGAUUCGAAAGGCAGUGGUAUUAAAUCUGGUGAGACUACAACUAGUGAAACUAUAACUACUGAAAAAGUCGAUGGGCCAUUCAUAACGAAUCCAGAGUUGAUCGAUAUCGAAGCGGAGGCUCGAUUACUGGAAGAUAGUAGAGACGAAGUUACUGCGACUAUUCUCGGUGACGAAAUCGUACCUGUGGCGUCUACUAGUCCGCACGAGGACAUUCCGUCUUUCAGCGAGUGGACGCAGAAAAGAUUGGAAGAAGCUGAAAAGAAGAAAACGCAUCCAAAUGCUUCUGUCCAGAAUUCUGGAGCAGCUACACGUGGAACAGGUGGAAUGAAGGUGCGCUCGAAAAACUAUGCUUCCCCAGAUUGUGGAGCGAAAAUCGUCGCAGCGAAUGCAGAAGCACGAAGCGCAAGAAGCGUUCUGGUAUCUACCAGAGACGAAUAUAUGCUCAAUACGUGUACAUCGCGCAUAUGGUUCGUGGUAGAAUUGUGCGAAGCAAUCCAGGCAAAAAAGAUUGAACUGGCCAAUUUCGAGUUGUUCAGCUCAUCGCCGAAGGACUUUUCAGUAUACAUCAGUGACCGCUUUCCUACCAGAGAUUGGAGCCCGGUUGGUCAGUUUACCGCGAAGGACAUGAAAGAUAUCCAGAGUUUCGCGUUACAACCGCAGUUGUUUGGAAAAUUUAUAAAAGUGGAGCUUCAAACUUACUACGGGUCUGAACACUUUUGCCCAAUUUCCUUGUUCUGCGCUUACGGCACUAGCGAAUUUGAAGUCCUUGAAACGGAAACCGAGAAUCAGGCGCCGAGGGAAGUACAUGCUCAUGUGGACGAUGAGGAGGAUAGCGACGAGGAAGAAGUAUUAGACACUCAAGACGGCGAACCGCCGAGAAAUUUGUUCGGCAGCGCUAGAGACGCUGUGUUAAGUAUAAUGAAAAAGGCGGCUGAGGUGUUGGUAAAAUCCAGCGAUUUGACGUACAACAAUAUUACGAAAAUCCAACAAAGCAUAGACAGUGGUAACAUUCUCCAGAAUUCUUUCGUAAGCUGCACCACGCCGAGGUACACUAUCCUUUGCGAUAAUUGCUCGGAUCAGGAAUUCGCGAAAAUUUUCCAAUUAGUCAGUUGCAGAGAACAACAACUGAAUCAGUUGCUCAAAAUUGACCUGGUUAACAGAACUUUGAAACAGACUGGACUUUGCAAGAUGCAUGGCGUGAGAGUCGAGGAUUUCGCGACGAAGGGGAUAGAAAAUGUAAAUACUGGACAAGAGAAAUUCGAUCAAACGCUUGGCACAACGAAAAAUUUUCAGCUGACGUUCAUAACGUCCAUAUUAAGAUCCGAGUAUGUUGCAGCGCUUUGUAAUGUAUUAGCUAUAAAGGAACGUAAGAUGGUAAUGAAUACAAGUCACGAGAUUUUACUCAACUUUAAAGAGACUACAAAGGAAGAUAAACAAAAAGAACUUAGCAGCGAUGCCAUAAAAUCGGUUCACCAUGUGACGACCACACGCAGUACGAAUACAAAUCUGGAUACGUUCUCUCGUGAUUCGAAGAAAAGUACUUUGGAUUCACUCAAUAGAGAUGUUAAUAAGUUUACUAAUACGCCUAUAGAAACUUCGUCCAGUUCCGAAAGCAUACUUUCCCAAAAAAAACCUACUAAACUUUCUGAAAAAGAGGAAGUGAAGAACGAUAGUCUGAUUUCUACAGUGGAAUCUAGCAAAGAUAGUACGGAGGAAACUGUCAAGCCUGAAACAACAGUUAAGUCUAGAAUAACCGUUCCAGUAUCUUUAAACAUUGGACAAAACCCAACUCCGACACCCGGAGACCAACACUCCGGAACCCAAGAACCGUUUUUUACUACUGGUACCUCUGGUGAGAGUUCUGUUCAACCGAUGACGUCUCAAUCGAUUACUGAUAUCGAUAUCAAUGAAAUACCUACUAACGAGAUCGCAUUCGAUAUGGAAUUCUCAGAUACUAAUAUUCCGAACAGGGUGGAGAAGGUAGAUCGUUUAGAUCACGAAGGGAAACAAGGACAAACGGAAUCAUCAGAGAAUGCUCAAGAAAUGAAAUUACCAUCACAAGAUGCUUUAGUAUUCGAUAAUAUAUUGUCCGAUUUAAAAGAUUUCGAAGCAGAAGCUGUACAUAUUCACAAUGGGCCUGCUACGAGUGCAUCAGUGGCACAGUCGACAACGAAUACCACGCCGCAGAAAGAGUCUGUUUUUCUAAGAUUGUCCAAUAGAAUUAAGGCACUAGAAAGAAAUAUGUCAUUGAGCGGUCAAUACUUGGAAGAGCUAAGUUGGCGAUACAAGAAACAAGUGGAAGAAAUGCAAAAGUCCUUAGAACGGACUGUGUCCGCGAUGAGCGAGGAAACGCGAAAGAGAGACGAGCGGGAAUUGAAAAGAGCAGAAGAAAUAGCGAUUUUAAGAGACGAGAUCAUGAACCUUUCGAAUUCGGUGAAGAACCUUAUAUACGAUCGGGAUAGUUGGCGAGGAAAGAUUUCCAUGUUAGCUCAGCAAAUAUUGUUAAUAUGUUCGAAAGCUCUGGUUAUAUAUUUAAUUUUAUUGUAUUGUUGGGGAAAGCCAGUCGAAACGAAAGAGAAAACUCGAUCUGAAAAAGAUGUGACACGUCGUAAAAGCGCGGAGAAUUUCGGUUCUCAUAUCAAAAAAGUGAAAAAGCGGCGACCGAGCGAAAUAGCUUCUCACAUUACCGGUACGUAUCGGGAAUUAAUGAUCAGUCACAGAUCUCAUGAGAGCAAGAAAGAAAAGAAGAGAAAACGUAGGAGGACGACCACUUUGAUCGGUGACCAAGCGAAUACGCAACAGGAAAUCGUGCCAAACAUUGUGGAUAAAAUAGGAGUAAUAAGAACAGUCCCUUCGUCCGUUGAAGUUUUACAAACGACCGACUUCCACAAUCCAGUAGCCUGCAAAAAGCUAAAAUCUGCGUCGGAAAGUAAUGUCGACAGGUUCGUUGAAAGCGAAAUGAAAUACAAUAUUCUAUUGUCGAACGUAGAUAGUUCUAAAAUGGGGUCCGCUAGAGAUUUGGAAUUAAACGUAUCAUACAUCGAAAAUUCGAAUGAGACAAAUUCCUCCUCGUCGAACACGUUUCCCGAGAAAUCAAAAGAACACACUUCCAACGAAUUGUCGACAGAUUUAUUCAAUUCUAAGAGCAUCAGUGGCAUACUGAAGGAUACUAGAUUGAAUGUAACAUCUUCCUUCAUGAGGACUGCUUUGAGCACACGAAGGAAAAGGAAAACUUAUUUGAAUGACGUGAACGGAGAAUGGAAUGAUGGUAUAGAUGAUAAAAAUCAAGAUAAUCUCGUAUAUUCUGAGAAAAUCGACACCGAUGCUGAUACUACCGUGAAUGGUACACUAAUGAAUCAAAGCGACGAAUCUAGAAGUAGUAGUGUAACGUCGAUGUUGAAAAAGAAGGAGAAAAAGGGUACUGGCUUUAGGAAAAUGGUGAGAAAAUUCUUUUGAUUAAAAUAGAUUUGCCAAUGCUAGCUAGUAUCAAAAAUAGCUCGAUGUUGUUGAAAUACUUGUAAAGCAGGAUCUGCAUUAUCUGUACACUUGAGUACCUUGCUUACGCGUUCGGACGCAACAGAAGCAAUAGUAUACACGUCGAAUAAGUCAGAUAAUUUAAACAUCAGAGAGUAGAUCCUAUUUAGUCGGUUUUGACAUGAGGUCUUACUUUUAUAUGCUUUUGCCUUACACUCUACACUGUGGAACUUGUUUUGCUGUCUUCGACAUAUCAGCGACACGCUGAGCUCAUUGAACUUUAUUCUAACUAGAGUGUGAACGCCUGAAAGAAGAACUAGCUGCGACAACGGUUCGAGAAAAAUAUAAGACGAGUAAUUCAGGUUCUAUAAAAAAUAUACAGGAUAGGUUAUGAGUUUCUCUCCCCUCUACAAGCAUGAUUCUAAAACGACCCGUUCUGCAUCUCUCUCGAACUAGUCUCUUUUUCACAGUUCACAUUCUAGGUCACUUUAAGAUACAGUAUACAGUGUCUCACGAACUCUGUCCACUUAAAUAUCUUGGUUAUUUCAAACAAUACGAGAAAAUGUAGGGUUUAAGAAACUACAUAAUUAUAUUUUUGCAAGUGGAAGCGUAGAGAAGAUAUAGCGGUCACCUUGGUUUUAUUAAAUGGAAUGUCCAAUUUUUUAUGCUUUAUUUCGAUAGCUUGGCGUAUUCUGAAUAUACAACUACUAAGGUGUUUUUGUCCUAAAACGUACCGUUGCUAAGAUAUACAUGCUCAAUUUGUAGUUCCUUAUCAUAAGAGAAUUGAAUGUGACAUAAUAUCCUCCUUUACCCAGACUACUACAAAUUGAGCAUAUCUCAGCAACGGUAAGUUUUAGGAAAAAAACACCUUAGUACUUCUAUACUCAGAAUAUGCCAAGCUAUCGAAAUAAAGCAUAAAAAAUUGAACAUUCUAUUUAAGAAAACCAAGGUGACCGCUAUAUCUUCUUUGCGCCUUCACUUACAAAAAUAUAAUUUACACGAUAUUAUGUAGUUUCUUAAACCCUACAACUUCUGUGAGUGACAUUUUCUCGUAUUGUUUGAAAUAACCAAGAUAUUUAAGUGGAUAUAGUUCGUGAGACACACUAUACACACAUGGACCGCUGGUCCGCUAGAAAAAAUGUAGCCAACAUUUGGUAGCGCCGCCAUACUCGGGACCUAAACUCUUUAAGAAACAGAACAUGUAAAGAUACAAUUUAAACUCAUUGGCUUCAAAUUGUCGCAGUUUGGUCACGUGUGGUUCCCGAAGGUUGAGCUUAGCCACCUGAUGUUAGCUACGUUUUUUUAACAUUGGAAGCCUAUGUAACUGACGUUCCAUGUAUGUAUAGUCAAAGGCAGCGGACAGCCCAUUCUACGUUAGUUAUUUACACUGGCGUAGCACAAUUAUACAUGACGACAUAAAGGCGCGCAAAUACCAUUUUAAUGAGUAUAGUAUGCAUACACAAUUGACAUACUUCAUAUUACAGCCUGUAUAAAAACCUACUUAAACAAAUAUAUAUGUUCUGUGAACGUAAGCUUUUCCAAUGGGCAAUUUUAUUAUUAUAAUCCGGCUUUCUAUCGUGCCUCUUUUUGUGAAUAUUGAAAUUUACUUUCAUUAACAUAUGCAUAAAAUUGGGUAUUAUGUACAAAAUACAAUUUUAAAAUAUGAAAUAUGCUAAUUGUAUGUACAUGCAUACUAAAAGCAUUAUUUAUUAAGAUGUCAUAAUAAAUCAGUUUUGAUGAAUCAAUACGCUUUAUGAUUCAUGACUUCAUACGUAUCGGUAUUAGCGCGUCUUUACGUCGUCAUGUAUUUUUUCUUUUUUUCUGUUUCGUGGUUGAUCCACUGGCAGCCACUCGGCACAACCAGUGACCUCUUCCUUCCUCUCUCUUAGUCUUACCUCUGUCUUUUCCUCAACCUUCUAUUUUUCCUAUACCUCAAUCCUUACCUCACCCUUCUUCCAUCUUGCAUUCGUCCAGGACAUUGUCUGCGGAGCGGGGAAAACCUAGUAGGGAAACCCAGUAGAAUUGAUAAAUCCUGUCUAGUAAAACCCGCCCCGAAAUGGUUGGUGUCUUCAAUAUAUGUUCCCAUUAGGUAUCUAGGUCACAUUUUUGUACGCUUAGACACCGAAUUGGGAUGUUCUACACAUCUCGCAGGCUACGACCGCGGUCGACGCUGUUUAGGCCCGAAUUUAUAGGCCGGUAUUCAGAGUCGUUGUUUAUUCUUAAGGUCGUCUUAAGCAUUUGCUUAAGUCCGUGUUCCCUGUACAA